AUGGCCCCCUCAAAGCCGUUAGGAGUUAUAUCUCCCGAGGAUCAAUCCGGCCUGAUCCUCAUUUUGACCGCAUUGUCACUUUGCUUCGUUCUUGUUGCCUUUGCAAUCCGCCUUUAUAUUCGAGUUCCCCAAAGAUUGUGGAAGUGGGACGACCACGUUUUGACGGCUGCCACAACAUCGCUCGUCUUCUACGCCGUUCAUCUGGGCCUGGGACAGCGGAAGGUAUUCGAGGGCGAUUCUCCCAACAGCGACUUGGUCAAGAAGUACUAUUUUACCAAUGACUUCUUCUACCUCAUCGUUCUGCUAUUCUCCAAGCUGGCUGUAUGCUUUCUUUUCCUACGGUUGACGCGCCGGCGAGGACAUAUCAUUGCAAUCUACACGACCAUCGGGCUCUGCGGUGCCUGGUUUCUGCUAUCCAUCCUCUUGAUCAGUAUUGGCUCUUCAUGGGACCGGGCCUUUUCCACACCGGUAAUGUUUCGACCCAUUCACGCAAGUACAGGAACGUUUGGCAGGUGGCUCGCUGUCGGCGUCACGGAUUCGAUUACGGAGCUGAUCUUUGUCCUGUUUGCGGCUUUCCUGGUUAGCGACCUGCGUAUGAGCAAGGUUCAGAAAGCCACUGUGGUGUUUGCAUUUGCUCUUCGGCUUCUGGCGGUCCCUGCCUGCGGAAUCCGUCUCUUCUACCUCGACCCUUCCACUCUAAUCAGUAACCGCAACCUGGCCCUCUCCUUGGCCAUAGUCUGCACGCAGAUCCAACUUGGCUACGGGGUGAUGGCAGCCUCAAUCACCGUCUUGAAGCCUUUCAUGGCCGUCUACGAGAAGCCCAUGGGCUACACGGGCUAUUCCAACCAUCCGGCCAAGGGCUACGCGACCAACAACAGCGGGCACCUGUCUUUCAAGAUGCAGCCCGUUUCAGGGUCCGAAGAGGUCAUGCCGGGUGGAUUAGCCUCGCGUGCUGUGAAUUUCGACCCCAACCAACCCACGUUCUCGUCGCGCAUCCCAACGGCGCAGAAGGAGGAGAGAGGCAGUAACGGACACGAGAAGAGUGACAGCAUACACAGCCAUGACAGUCGGCGUUUGAUUAUUGAGCGCAAGACGGAUUGGUCUAUCAGGUACGAAGAGGCGGAGAGCCACAAGAGCAAUUUCAGCGAGGGUGCUGCCUCUGUCUCUGAUCGUUGA